AUGAGUUUACAUCUAGUUCUCUGUUUAUCCUCUUAUUUGCUUUUAACUCAAGCGGCCGUUGGAAGCAUUGAUCCUAUUUUAAAAGAUUUCGAUUGUGUUGAUAUAUACAAACAACCGGCUUUUCAACAUCCAUUGUUGAAACACCACAAGAUUCAGGAAAAAUUUAAUUCGAAAGAAAGGCUUAGAAGAAAAGAUGAAUAUCAUCAAACAAAUGAUAAAAGUUGUCCAAAAGGAACUGUACCAAUUUUAAGACAAAGAAAUGGAAUUGAGAGCGUUCAUCUCGACACACUCGAAUAUCCCGGCCAACAUUUUGCAGUAAUCGAAAAUGUUUUAGAUGGGAGCAUCUAUCGAGGAGCAGGAGCUAUGAUAAGUAUUCAUAAUUUAACUCUACAAAAUAACCAAUAUAGUAAAAAUCAAAUCUGGUUAGAGAAUGGACCUCGUGAUCAACUCAACAGCAUACAAUUUGGUUUGGCGGUACAUCCAAGAUUAUAUGGCGACACUUUCACGCGGUUUACAAUAUAUUGGACUGUGAUGAAACCUGAGCUGUUGAAAUAA